UUAUUUUUUUUUAGCUGCAAGUGCGGUCGUUGCCAGUCAUAAAAGCGCGUGGGAGACGCAUAAUUUUUAGAUAUAUUUUUUCAGAGAGAAUACAAUGUAGUGUCGUGAUAAAGCGUUGUACACAUCACACGCUUGAUAAGGUCGAGUGUCGGAUAGGUACACCGAUAAAACCGAGUAAAUUGAAUAUUAACUCUCAGAGCGCGGAAAAACAAGUCCUGCAGGAUAUUACUCGCGAGCGGAAUAAAAAUAAACGUCGCCACACGUAUAUAUACGUUCUGCAAAUCUCCCGGAAAUGUUUAAAACGGUUUUUUUAGCAAUAAUCGUAGGAGCAACUGUUUGGUCGACACAAGCAAAUAACUCAAAGGAAUCAGAAUGCAUAGAGGAAUUAGAACGAGAAUUGCAAGCGUAUGUCAAACUGGAUGGUUGGCAGAAACUUUUCACACGACAUUUUAAGUUUAUUGUUAAUGAGAAUGGUGAAGUCUUAAGUGAAAGAAAACGACUGAAGUUUAAUACAAUUAUACACAAUGCAAUUUAUGGAUGCAAUCAUGAACGUGACGAUGAAGUAGACGACUGCCCAAAUAUUUCCCAUGGAAGUAUAAGGUCGUGUAAACAUGGAAAAAAUAUCAGAUCCGCCAUAUUUAGGGCGGCAAGAUGCGGUUUUGCUGAAUUGUCCGUUAAGCAUAUAGUUCUAAGUGAAUCUUUGUUAAAUUCAUAUCCAUUAAACAAGUUGGAUAAAAUACCUAGUACUGUGGACAAACCAAUCAGAGAAUUCGGUGAGACUGUUGUCAAUAUGAUGAGCAUACUUUCUCACGGUGAAACAGGUGGUCUCGGAGAAUUUAUGGCUUUAAAUUUAUACUUGGACAAUGUAUAUGAUACCGUGUUCCUACACAAGAUACAAGCGGAACAAGUUGCGUCAUCGGUUGAUGUAGAAAUUGCUGGAAAACACAUAGGUGACGUCCACAAGAUGCUUUUAGAUAAAUUUUACACUUUUUGGGACACUUGGUGUAGCGACAAGGACAUAGUGACUCAGUAUCGAUUAAAGUACAAAAACGACGAGUUCAUAGUCAUUUUAGACGAAAUGAACAAGAACAUCGAAGAUGCUGACGAAUUGAUGCGGAGCUUAAACGUUUCCGAUAACGUAGUAGACUUAGAUUUUGAUCCGAAGAAGAUCGCUCUAACAGAUUUUGUCAACCAUCUAGUUUCAAAUGUACCUAUGCCGAAUGAGCUUUUGGUCGACUUAAAGUUAAAAUCAUUUGAGGCGUCGUUUGAAUUUAACCCUCAAGCUAUGUACGCGUACCACAAAUCCAUAUUCAGGACUAUAUACAUGUGUUUUUAUUGGACGACCAUCACUCACUUAAAACUAGGUAUUCAGUUUAUAGACGAAAUAGAAAAUUAUGAAGUAACUAAUCACAAUAUGAGUUUUAUAGUUAACUUUUUCAAAUACUUACGACCACUAACGAUAUUUAAUGUUCACCGAUCUCAAUUUCCAUUAAAAAUGUCACCAGAGGCUUCGAGCAACUUGAAUGAUUUGCUUUUCUUUUUGUUAAAGUGUUUUGAUGAUUUAAAAAAUACUAAUUCAAAGGACUUGAUUUUAUCAUCAAGAAAAGAAAUUCAGAGAUUUGCCAGUUUAUUUAGUGCUGACAUGGAGACCAUGUUAAAUAUGAAAGCACCGGCUAAUUAUUAUUUUGAUACUAUAAGUUAUGAAAAAUCAUUGAAAUUAAUGAAAUCAAACUACCGAGUAUUUACUCGUUUAGUUUUAGCGACAUGUAGCUUUAAAGAAGAUCGAUUGAAUGUGAUAAAAUUAAAAAAAUUUUUCUUCUUUCUGUCCGAAGCCGUUGAGUUUGAUGAUAAUUCAUAAUUGUACAUUUUCUCAAGCCUGGGAAAAACGAGUUAAAAGGUUAAAGUUAAGUUAAUUUUAACUUCUUACUUCAACUUUUUUUAAAUUUAAUUUUCAUUAACAUAAUUUUUAACUUAAAUUUUUAUUGAUACAGAAUAAA